AUGGCCAAGUGUUCCAAGUGCGGCAACGACACCAGCAAGCCCCGGGGCUUCGAGACUGUCACCAUCAACUGCGACCGUUGCGAUAACCACUCUGGUUACCGCCGCUGCACUGGUUGCACCCGUGGGCCCCGCGACGUCGUCAUGAAGUGCUGCGGCCGUUGCAGCCCUGCCGGCAAAGUCAAAUGCCUGCCUUGCAACGGCACCGGCUCCCGCGAGAUCAAGAAGCCCUGUACCCGCCGCCACGGUUGA